UCAUUAAAGUAGGCGAGCAUGUCCAUGCAAACUCAGCCACAAGCAGCCCAUAGCCUGUGUUAGGCGUAGCUGCCUGCAAAAAUGGUUCUGGCAAAUACUCCAAGCCCACCACCUCAAAUCCUCUCCAAGCCCAACAACUUGUUCAACCAACACACCCAUCUUCUUUGCUGCUUGAAUCAAUGCAGGGACAUGUUACAGCUCAAGCAAAUUCACGCUCAAGCUCUCCGUUCCACAUUGCCUAACCAUCCAGACACCCUCUUUCUUUAUAGUCGAAUUCUCCAUUUCUCCGCUAUCAAUGACCUUCACUAUGCCUAUCGAGUAUUCAAUGGAAUUCACAACCCCAAUUCAUUUAUGUGGAACACUCUCAUCAGAUCCUGUGCGCAGAGCUCUGAUAGUAAAGAGCAAGCUUUUUUACUGUAUAAAAGAAUGCUAGAGCAAGCAACUGUCUUGCCUGAUAAGCAUACGUUCCCAUUCGUUUUGAAGGCUUGCGCUUACCUGUUUGCUUUGUAUGAAGGGAAACAAGCACAUGCGCAGAUGUUUAAACUUGGGUUCCAAUCCGAUGUUUACGUAAAUAACAGUUUGAUUCAUUUCUAUGCUUCUUGUGGUUGCUUGGAGUCAGCACAGAAUGUGUUUGACAAAAUGCCAGGGAAGAGUGUGGUUUCCUGGAACGCUAUGAUUGAUGCGCUUGUUCAGUUUGGUGAGUUCGAAAUUGCGUUGAAACAGUUUGUUCAAUUGCAGAAUUAUUUUGACCCUGAUGAAUAUACAAUACAGAGCGUUUUAAAUGCUUGUGCUGGGUUGUGUGCACUGUCGUUGGGGAUGUGGGCUCAUGCUUAUUUGUUGAGAAAGUUUGAUGAUAAUGUAGCUAUGGAUGUUUUGGUUAACAAUUGUUUGGUGGACAUGUACUGCAAAUGUGGUGCGUUAGAUAUUGCUUUACAGGUAUUUGAAAGGAUGGAUAGGCGUGACUUAACUUCAUGGAAUUCUAUGAUCCUUGGAUUUGCGAUGCAUGGGAAGGCUGAGUUAGCAUUGGAAUAUUUUGAUCUUAUGGUUAGGACAUGGAAGUUUAUACCUAAUUCUAUCAGCUUCGUUGCUGUUUUGAGUGCUUGUAAUCAUAGGUGUAUGGUCAAUGAGGGUCGAAAGUAUUUUGAGAUGAUGGUUUCUAAGUAUGAGAUUGAACCUCAGCUGGAGCACUACGGGUGCCUAGUUGAUAUUCUGGCUCGUGCUGGUUUGAUUGAUGAAGCUUUGGAUUUGGUGUCAAGCAUGCCCAUGAAACCUGAUGCUGUUAUAUGGAGAAGUAUUCUUGAUUCUUGUUGCAAGAAAAAUGCAAGUGUUGAGCUAAGCGAAGAAAUGGCUAGGCAGGUCAUUGAGUCAAAAGGCGGUGAUUGCAGUGCUGUCUACGUUCUCCUAUCCAGAGUUUAUGCAUCGGCUAGCCGAUGGAAUGAAGUUGGCUUGCUCAGAAAAUUGAUGACUGAUAGAGGUGUAACAAAAGAACCUGGCUGUAGUUUGAUAGAGAUAGAUGGUGUUACUCAUGAAUUUUUUGCCGGAGAUACAUCUCAUCCUCGAACUAAAGAUAUUUAUCAGUUCUUGGAUGUGAUUGAAGAAAGAUUAGAGUCGGUAGGUUGUACGCCUGACUAUUCACAAGCACCUAUGGUUGAUGACUUGAAUGAUGGUAAGCAAAAGAAUCUUAGGGUGCACAGUGAGAGACUUGCUAUUGCUCUGGGGCUUUUAAGCUUGAAACCAGGAAUGCCAAUCCGAAUUUUCAAGAAUCUUCAGGUUUGCAGUGACUGCCACAAGGUAACCAAGCUAAUCUCUAAAAUCUUCCAUGUGGAAAUUAUUAUGAGAGAUCGUGUUAGAUUCCAUCACUUCAAAGACGGCUUCUGUUCAUGUAUGGAUUAUUGGUGACGCAUUGACUGUUAUAAGCUUAAUUUUAGAAUAUUCAAAAACUGUAAUUGAUAAGAGAUAAAUAAAUAAGUCUUUGGAUAAAUAA